GGGAAGUGAAGGAUUAGGCGAUGAGCAAGUCUUGGCCAUAGAUUUUAGGGGGCUCCCUCAAGCUCUCCUCGCUCUCUGCUUCCCUGCAAACGCCCCUGCUCGCUUAAACCUCUCUACUGCCACAGCCUUAUCCACCUCUCUCUCUCUCUCUCUAUCUAUCUAUAGAUAUCUAUCAUCAUUGCUUCUCUGCCUUAUACUUCUCCUUCUUCUUCCAAUCCUUUUCUUUUCCUUUUGCUUCUUCUCCUUACCUUUCGUUCUUUCCCAGGCAUUAUUCCUGCUCUAAUUUAUGUAAAGUUCGCACCUUUCGGUUCCUUUUGCUCUCUGGGGGAACCCAAUUUAAGCGAGAAAUCCAUUUGAAAGAUUUUGAGGAGGAGGAGAGAUGGCUCCCAAGGCUGGGAAAGCCAAGGUUCAUAGAAUCAAAGGCGAGAAGAAGAAGAAAGAAGAGAAAGUUCUGCCGGCGGUGGUGGAUGUCACCGUCGAGACGCCGGACUACUCGCUGCUCACCCUCAAGGGUAUAUCGACCGAUAAGAUACUAGACGUGCGUAAAUUGUUGGCCGUACACGUGGAGGCUUGCCACCUAACUAAUUUCUCUUUUUCCCAUGAGGGGCGAGGUGAAAGACUAAAAGAUACGGUGGAAAUUGUCUCGCUAAAGCCUUGCCACGUCAGCAUUGUGGAAGAGGAGUACACGGAGGAGCUCGCCGUGGCCCACAUCCGUCGCCUGCUCGACGUCAUCGCCUGCACCACCGCCUUCGGAGCUUCUCCGGAGAGGAAUGCUGGACCAGAAAGUCCGUCUUCCGCAGGUGGCGGGGGAGGGAAGGGCGAUUCGCGGCCCGGCGACGCUGCGAAGCCGGGCGAAGCAAACGGGGAGGAAUCUAAAGAUGAAGGCGCUGAAAUUUCCGGAAGCAAGAAGGUGGCUUCUCCCACCUCCGCUACGGUUUCUGUGCACAAGGACGAUCUGUUGUACCCUCCGCCCAAGCUCGGUCAAUUCUACGAGUUCUUCUCGUUCUCCCACCUUACUCCGCCACUCCAAUAUAUAAAGAUGUCUUCGCGAUCAUUUAUGGACGAUAAAAAGGAGGAUGACUUCUUUCAGAUUGAUGUGAAGAUUUGCAAUGGGAAACUUGUGACCGUAAUCGCUACAAAAGAUGGGUUCUAUCCCAAUGGGAAAAGAUCUCUUCUAAGUCAUUCUUUAGUUGGCUUGUUGCAGCAAAUAAGCAGAGCCUUUGAUAGUGCAUACAAGUCGCUGAUGAAAGCUUUCAUUGAGCACAAUAAGUUUGGAAAUCUUCCAUAUGGAUUUAGAGCAAACACUUGGGUGGUCCCUCCAAUAGCUGCAGAUCUGCCAUCAAUAUUUCCUCCUCUUCCUGCCGAAGAUGAAACUUGGGGUGGUAAUGGUGGAGGCCAGGGACGAGAUGGCAAGAAAGAUCGGAGGCCAUGGGCCAAAGAAUUUGCAAUCCUUGCAGCAAUGCCUUGUAAAACACCGGAGGAGAGACAAGUCCGAGAUAGGAAAGCCUUCCUUCUUCACAGCUUAUUCAUUGAUGUUGCAGUCAUGAAAGCUGUCAAGGUUAUUCAACAACUGAUCAUCAAGAACGAGAGCUCAAAUGAAUCAAAUUAUCCCUCUGCUGCAGUUUUACGUGAAGAACAAGUCAGAGAUCUAAGAAUCACAGUUACAAAGGACAAUACGAAUGCCAGCACUAAAUUGGAUGUGAAAUUGGAUGGAAUUCAAGCCCCAGGAAAGUCUUCUAAGGAUCUUUGUCAACGAAAUUUACUAAAAGGAAUCACCGCAGAUGAGAGUGCAACUGUUCAUGAUACUGCCACCCUUGGUGUAGUAGUUGUUAGACACUGUGGCUAUACUGCUGUUGUCAGAGUUCCAACUGAUGCUGGUUUAAGUGAGAGUCCUUUGACAGAAGAGGAAAUUCAUAUUGAAGAGCAGCCUGAGGGAGGUAGUAACUCUUUAAAUGUCAACAGUUUGAGAAUGCUUUUGCACAAAUCCUCAUCAUGUGGAAUCCAGAAGUCCCACUGUGCAGACAUUGAAGAUUUACAUUCCUUCAGGUCUUUGGUGCGAAAAGUACUAGAAGAUAGUCUACUGAGGUUAGAUGAAGAAACCAAAGAACGGAAAAUGUCAAUAAGAUGGGAGCUAGGGGCUUGCUGGGUGCAGCAUUUACAGAAUCAAUCAGGAAAUACUGAUUCCAAGAAAAGUGAAGACAGUAAAGUUGAAACAACCGUAAAAGGGCUUGGUAAACAAUUUGGUCAAUUGAAACAGAUAAAGAAGAAGGUACAAGAUAAUGGUGGAAAAACCAAUUCUGCAAAUGAAAACGCUACUUCUUUUGGCGUGGGCUUCAUUAAGGAACAUGUGGACGUUUCUAGGCUUAAGGAAGAUAAGGAAAUGAUGCUACAAAAAUUGCUUCCUGAAGCAGAAUACAUGCGCCUCAAAGAAUCCGAUACUGGUCUUCAUAUUAAGUCACCAGAUGAGUUGAUUGAGAUGGCACACAAAUACUAUGAGGAUAUUGCUCUGCCAAAGUUGGUAGCAGAUUUUGCUUCACUCGAACUUUCUCCUGUUGACGGAAGGACGUUGACAGAUUUUAUGCAUACCAGGGGUUUGCAGAUGUGUUCACUUGGACGCGUGGUUGAACUUGCAGACAAGCUUCCUCACGUGCAGUCCCUUUGUUUGCAUGAAAUGAUAGCUCGAGCAUAUAAGCAUAUACUUCAAGCUGUCAUUGCAACUGUUGGCGAUAUGUCUGAUAUGGCUGGGACCGUUGCAUCUUGUUUAAAUGUAUUGCUUGGAUCAGUUCCAGCUGAUAAUACAGAUAUUUACUUGAACAAUGACAUCAGUCUCAAACAUAAGUGGCUGGAAUAUUUUCUAUCAAAGAGAUUUGGGUGGAAAUUGAAAGAUAAAGACUGCAAUGACUUGAGGAAGUAUGCAAUUCUACGCGGUCUUUGUCACAAGGUAGGACUAGAGCUUGUGUCAAGAGACUAUGACUUUGAGACUCCACAUCCUUUUAGGAAAUCAGACAUUGUGAGCAUGGUUCCUGUAUACAAAGUAAGAAUUUAUAGUUUUACAUGUUAUUUUGUUUUCCUUUUUUCCGUAACUGAUUGUUCUGACUUGGUAUUGCAGCAUGUUGCCUGCUCAUCGGCUGAUGGACGCACUUUGCUGGAGUCAUCUAAGACUUCUUUAGACAAGGGAAAACUGGAGGAUGCUGUUAACUAUGGGACCAAGGCGUUAGCAAAACUAGUUGCAGUAUGUGGUCCAUACCACAGAAUGACAGCAGGAGCAUACAGUCUGUUGGCUGUAGUUCUCUACCAUACGGGUGACUUCAACCAGGCAACCAUCUACCAACAAAAGGCUUUGGAUAUCAAUGAAAGGGAACUAGGUCUUGAUCAUCCAGAUACAAUGAAAAGCUAUGGUGAUCUUGCUGUUUUCUACUAUCGUCUUCAACAUACAGAACUGGCACUGAAGUAUGUUAAUCGUGCGUUAUACCUACUGCACCUGACUUGUGGCCCUUCGCAUCCUAACACUGCUGCAACAUACAUAAAUGUGGCCAUGAUGGAAGAAGGGUUAGGAAAUGUGCAUGUUGCUCUUAGAUACCUACAUGAGGCGUUAAAAUGCAAUCAGAGACUACUCGGAACUGAUCAUAUACAGACUGCAGCUAGUUAUCAUGCUAUUGCCAUUGCUCUGUCUUUGAUGGAAGCUUAUUCUUUAAGCGUCCAGCAUGAGCAGACAACUCUACGCAUACUACAAGCAAAGCUUGGAUCAGAAGAUCUACGAACACAGGAUGCUGCUGCAUGGCUUGAAUAUUUUGAGUCUAAGGCUCUCGAGCAACAGGAAGCUGCACGAAAUGGUACUCCAAAGCCUGAUGCUUCCAUUGCGAGCAAAGGUCAUUUGAGUGUAUCAGACCUUUUGGAUUAUAUCAAUCCUGAGGCAGAACAAAGAUCCAGAGAAAUUCAAAAGAAGCAAGCCCGAGCAAAGAUAAAAGAUAGAAAUGGACAAAACCAAUCUGAAACUGUGGAGAUUGAUGAUGACAAGGUCGAUAUGCCAAAGCAGGAACGGAUGGCGACCAAUGAUAAGGAAAACAACUCCUAUGUUCAGCCACCCAUGGAGCUUAAGGAUGAGAAUCCCAAUAUCGUUGUCAUUCAUGUCUCAAGAUCGAAUCCGGAGGACAGUGUUAUGGAGGAAGACCCAACUGAAGAUGGAUGGCAAGAAGCUGUCCCCAAGGGACGAUCUCUCACAAACCAAAAAACAGUAGCAAGGAGACCUAGUUUGGCCAAAAUCAAUACAAAUUCACUAACUAAUGUAGAAAAUCCACGAUAUCGAGCAAAAUCUUCCCCCAAUACAUCUUCUCCUGGAACACCAGCAAAUGAUGAUAGCAUGCCUGCUUCUGCUAGCCCUGCUUCAAAGAAGUUCAUCAAGAAUCUCAGCUUCAACCAGAAAGCAAGCAGCAUUGCUGCCUCAAUGGAUGCAGAUCCUGCCUCCGCAGCUACAGCUCCCAGGCUGGUUUCAUCACCAAUAGGGAACACUAGUCCCUCGACCAGGAAAAACUUAUCAUACAAAGAAGUGGCAUUGGCUGCUCCAGGAUCUAUCAUCAAGGUUGCAGAAGAUAAAGUGAUAGCUGAAACCCAUUCAGAUAACCAGGAUAGGGAAAUGUCACACGGAAUAAGGGAACAGAGAACUGAUGAUUCUAAAAAGGAGAUGAGCGAACAUAAAAAUCUUGAAGGAACCAAACAUGCAUCUACUCAUGAGGAGUUUAAGGGCUCUGUUGUGGAAGGAGAUAACCAAGAGAAAAUGAAUUCUAUCAUGGCAGAAGCAUCACUGAAAGUGGCAAGUUCUGUAGUGGAAGAAAAAGAUGCUAUGGUUUCUAAUCCAAAAGAUUCCAUCACUCUUGAAGAAUAUAAUGCAACCUCAGCAGAAUCUCAGAGAAUUUCAGAAAUAAGUGAAAAAACUACGCAAGGCAAGGAAGCUACUGCAAUACAAGAAUGCUGUGAAAUAUCAGUCAUAGGCUCUCACGAGAAGGAAUUAGAGUUAAGAGUAUCUGCUUCGGAUGGUACUGAUAUGGACCAAACUAAUGCUGCUGCUUAUAUGGAAGAAGUGAGCAAUGCUGGUGAAGAAAUGCAGGAACAAGUAUCAAGUGGAUGUGAAAGUGAGCCUAUAAAAGAGAAGAACAAUGAAAUAGCCAAAGAGCCCAGCAGCAAACUAUCUGCAGCUGCUGCUCCAUUCAAUCCAUCGACAAUAGCAGUUUUUAGCUCAGUCGCAUUGCCAAGCUUCAAUGAUCACGGAGGAAUUUUACCACCACCUUUAAAUAUCCCUCCUAUGGUAGCAAUCCCUGUGCGUAAGCAUCUCCACCAGUCUGCUACUUCGAGGGUACCCUAUGGUCCACGGAUAACUGGUGGUUACAAUCGGUCAGGUUAUCGUAGUCAUCGCAACAAAUUGCCAUUUCAGAAUGGUGAGUUGGCUUCUCAGGAUGGUAAUUCUUUGAGUCCAAGAAUGAAUCCUAAUGCUGCUGAAUUUGUUCCUGCCCAACCAUUGAUUCAGAACAGCUACCCAGUGUCCCCAAGUGAUUCUCAAACAUCACCAAACAGUAUUUCACUCUCCCCUCAAUGUUUACCUUCAUCGCCAGAUAGUCUGAUGGCAUCACCAACACCAGAUGAAGCUCUUGUGAAAGAAAAUGACAAUAUCACUAAAGUUGAACAAUCUACUGAAGGUGAAGAUGCUACUAUAAAUGCUGAACAGGAUACUCCUGAAGGAACUAUUUCUGAAGACCUUCAGCUAGUAGAUAUCACACCAGAACCAGCAAAGUCUAUCGACGAGCAAGAAUGUUUGGUUGACUAGCGCUACAUUGAAGAUCAUGUUGUCAAGGUGGUUGAGCAAGGGUGCGUAAUCUGAAGUGAGAGUAAUAAGUUGAUGCUUGCCGUGAUCAACCUACAAGUCUGACAUUUUCAGAGGGAAAUUUUGAGUUGUUUUCUUUACUUCUCUAGAUUGUGCAAAUUUCAAAUGUCACCACCAACUCUAGAGCAUCGAUGAGGGAUAAAUACCAUGGAAGCUAAAUGUUAAAUGAGACCAAAUAAAAAGGCAAUUGGUCAGGAUCCAUGCACUUGUUUCCGCAUUCCCUCCAUAUCGUCAUUCAAUUUCAGUUUCUUGAUGGUUAGUAUUUUUAUCAAUACCUUUAUUUGUCAUAUGAAGUACAGCAGCACUAGUCCUGAUUAAAAAUAAGUGAUGCAUUGGGAGAUGUCUUCGUGAUUCUCUUCUGUAGUUUGGUAGAAUUGAAUUGUGUAUCCUUCGAGUUUGAGGAACCGAAUGUGCUCGUGUUAAUCUUGGUUUAAACUACUAUCUUAUUCGAUAAUGCAAGAUAAGAUUCAAUUUUA